AUGUGUAUUAGAUGGGUGUAUGAGGCCAUAGACACAGAAAUACUUGUGGAGAUGAAGCAAGGAACUCGAAUAAAAGGGAUACUCCGUGGAAUAGAUAAAAGAGAGAAUGUACAGCUAGAAACAGAAGGUAAACUUACUAUUAUAUCCAGUACUGCAAUUAGUCUAUUUAUUCUCUCACAGGAGGUAGGAUACAUUCUGUCUAAGAAAUAA